AUGUCUGUCAUAUUUUUUCUCCUUCAGAAAUCGAUGAAAGGAUUCCUCUUUGCGAAGCUGUAUUUUGAAAUAAAAGAAUAUGAACUUGCUAAAAGGUAUAUAUCUACGUAUCUCAGUGUACAAGAGAGAGAUCCCAAAGCACAUAGAUUUCUUGGACAAAUUUACGAAGCUGAGGAUAACAUAGAAAAAGCUUUUGGGUGUUACAAGCGUUCUGUGGAGUUGAACCCAACACAGAAAGACCUUGUAUUGAAGAUUGCAGAGUUAUUAUGCAAUAAUGACAUUACUGAUGGAAGAGCAAAAUACUGGGUUGAGAGGGCUGCUAAGCUCUUCCCUGGGAGUCCUGCUGUUUACAGAUUGAAGGAGCAGUUGUUGGAUUGUAAAGGUGAAGAUGGAUGGAAUCAGCUUUUUGACUUGAUUCAAGCAGAACUUUAUGCAAGACCAGAUGAUGUCUACAUAAACAUCAGAUUAGUUGCACUCUACCGUUCAAAUAAUAGAUUAAGAGAUGCUGUGCUCCAUUGCCAGGAGGCAGAGAAGAAAAUACCGUUGCAGUCAAGCUUGGAAUGGUGUUCCUGUGUUGUAGAGACACUUGAGGAAUAUCUGGAAUCUUUACAAGACUUGGAGUCUGAUAAAAAUAAUUGGAGAGCUAUCAAGAAAGAUCAUCUACUGGCCUAUUCCAGCUUUGUCAAGCUGACACUUUCUUCUAGAGAUGUUCAAGAAUGCAGAGAGGCACUUGAAAGUUUUGAUCGUGUGCUUCAGUCGGUGAAACCGUAUGUGAACGGAGCUGAUGAGUUGUCUCGUACCUUCACGGAAAUGAAAGGACAACUAUACAUGCAUGCUGGAACUUUGCUACUGAAAAUGGCCCAACACAAUGAGGCACAGUGGAGAGCUGUGUGUGAACUAGCAGCAUUGUGUUAUCUGAUAAGUUUCCAAGUUCCUAAACCAAAGUCAAAACUAAUAAAGGGGGAUCAAACUGGACAAGAUGUGCUAGAAAUGUCGUCCUGUGAUCGAAAAAGCCAGUCUGGUCAUAUGCUGCUGAACUUAAGCCAUGGCAAGCAAGACUUCUUUAAAGAGAUUGUGGAAUCUUUUGCAAACAAGAGUGGUUCAUUUACAUUGUUUGAUAGCCUGUUUGAGAGCGGAGCUUCUAGAGAGAGAUCUUUUAUUGGCACGGAUGACAUUGGAAAUGUCAGUACACAAGCACCAGUGCAAGUGGAACUUAAUAAAUAUGAUAUAGGUGCUGUUCGGAUGCACAAUGGCAGUCUCCAGCACCUUGUGUGGCUUGGCUUGCAGUGGAACUCUAUGUCAGUCUUACCCCCAAUGCGCAAAUGGUUAAAACAGCUUUUUCACUUGCCCCAAGAAACACUGAGGCUUGAGACAGAUGCUCCUGAAUCCAUUUGCCUCUUGGACCUUGAAGUAUUUCUACUUGGGGUGAUAUUCACUAGCAACUUACAAUUACAAGAGAGGUUUAAUUCUCACUACAGCGCACAUCAGCCUCAAUUCUUACCAUUGCCAGUGUGCAAACAGCUCUAUACGGAAAAGCAAAGAUCCUGGUGGGAUGCUGUUCGUACUCUUAUUCAGAGAAAAACAACACCAGGAACAGCAGCAAAACUGAGACUUAUUGUACAGCAUGGAAUAAGUACUCUGCGAGCACUGGAGAAGCAUGGCCUUCAACCUGCCUUAAUUAUACACUGGGCAAAAAGCCUACAAAAAACAGGCAUUAGCCUUAACUCCUUCUAUGACCAGAAGGAAUACAUUGGACGAAGUGUCUACUACUGGAAGAAAGUUUUGCCUAUGCUGGGAACUAUCAAAAAGAAGAGGAGUAUUCCUGAACCUACUGAUCCUCUCUUUAAACACUUCCAUAGUGUAGACAUUCAGGUCUUUCAAGUUGCAGCAUAUGAAGAAGAGGCACGUAUAGCAUUUGCACUGUUAGAUGCAGUUGAUGGCAAGACUGAUGAUGCUUUAUUAGCAUUUGAAGCUAUUAAGAAUGUGGUUUCAUACUGGAAUCUUGCUGUGAUCUUUCAAAGAAAGGCAGAAGAGAUUGAAAGUGAUGCCAUGCUGCCAGAAGAACAAGAAGAACGCCAAACCUGUCUCCUUAAAAGCAAGCAUUAUCUAAUGAAGAUCAUUGAGGAAAGCUCCUCAGAUAUGUCAGUAACUGAGAAAUUGCCGGUGUCUAUUGAAACUGUGAGGGAAAUGCUAGAUACAGUGAUCCAGGAACUUGGCGAGAAUGGUGAAGAGGGAAGUCCUGCCUUCAAAAAUGGUCUAUCACAAGCUGUAGAUUCAGAGAUGAAACAUUCCACUUCAUCACCAACUAAGUUCUCUCUUUCACCAACUAAGAGCUACAAGUUUUCUCCUAAAACUCCUCCUCAGUGGGCAGAAGAUCACAGAUCUAUACUUCAAAUGAUCUGUCAGCAAGUGGAAGCUUUAAAGAAUGAAAUGCAAGAAAUGAAACUGAAUAAUUCCAAUUCAAGUGCACCAUCUCAUCGGUGGCCUGCUGAAAGCUAUGGAACAGAUACAAUGUCAGAGGGUUAUCAGAGAGCACAAAAUCUUCAUGAAGCUCCAUUAACAGUUGCUACCACUGGCCCAUCUGUUUACUACAGCCAGUCACCUGCCUAUAACUCUCAGUAUCUUCUCAGAACUGCCGCAACCAAUGUAACACCAACAAAGGCUCCUGUCUAUGGUAUGAACCGACUUACACCCCAGCAACACAUAUAUGCCUAUCAACAACCAAUGCAUACACCACCUCUACAAAACACUUCUGCUUGUAUGUUUUCCCAAGAAAUAUAUGGCACACCUUUGCGUUUGGAUUCUUCCACUACUGGACUCAUUUCUCCUCGUGCAGGUGAUGAUUACUACAAUUACAGUGUUCCACAGGCAAGCACAAAUCCACCAUUACCUCAGCCAGGCUAUUUCACAAAGCCUUCAGUUGCGCCGCUGACUUUAAAGCCUGCAGAAUCAAAAGUGUUAGAAUUUUCGAAAUCUAAAUUUGGACAGCCAGGAACAGCAGAAGGAUCAAAACCAUCUCUGCCAACACCCGCACAGUCAAGUCAGCCAACAACUUUUAAAUUCAACACUAACUUCAAGUCUAAUGAUGGAGACUUUACCUUUUCUUCUCUUCAAGUUGCAGCGCAGCCUCCUAAUGCACCUUUUAAUAGCCGUGAAAGCCUCUUGGGUCUUCUGGCGUCUGAUAAACCAUUACAGGAUGAUAGAUACAUUGAACAAAAACCAGUUAAUGAUCACACAAAUAGUCAAAGAAAUGUCUUCAGUUUUGGCAAUAAAAAUAUUCCAGCCAUCUCUUUUAGAGAGAGCAUGGGACAAAAUGCACACAAAAGCAUGGGGUUUGAGAAGAGCGAUGUGUUUAGCGUCCAAGAACCAAGCAAGCCUGUAUUUACGACUUCAAGUUCAGAUUUGGCCAAUAGAAGUCAUGAAACAGAGGGAGGAAGCACCCAUGGUGGAGAUGAGGAUGAUGAUGGUCCUCAUUUUGAUCCUGUGGUGCCACUCCCUGACAAGAUUGAAGUAAAGACAGGUGAGGAAGAUGAAGAAGAAUUCUUCUGCAACAGAGCCAAGCUCUUCCGUUUUGAUGCAGAAUCUAAAGAAUGGAAAGAAAGGGGUGUUGGAAAUGUCAAAAUACUGCAACAUAAAGUAUCUGGCAAAUUUCGUCUCUUAAUGAGACGGGACCAAGUAUUGAAAAUCUGUGCAAAUCACUACAUAAAUACUGAUAUGAAAUUAACUCCAAAUGCUGGAUCAGAUAAGUCAUUUGUAUGGCAUGCUUUAGAUUAUGCAGAUGAGUUGCCAAAACCAGAACAGCUUGCAAUUAGAUUUAAAACACCAGAGGAAGCAAUGCUUUUCAAAAGUAAGUUUGAGGAGUCACAGAAUAUUUUAAAAACCUUGGGAUCAAAUGUUGACACAUCUGUGACUCAGAGUAGUGGGACUGCAAGAGAAACAACAAAUCAGGACAUCAAGGAGCCUUGCAGAUCCAUUUCUGGGACCCUGAACUUUGGCUUGCAGUUCCCAAAAGAUGGAGUGAGCAGUGAAUCUGAUAGCAAAGGCAACCUUACAGCUACAUCAACUGUGUCUGGCCCUACCACUUUUUCAUUUGGAAAGGAAGCCCUGCGAACCUAUUCUUGUGAUGGGUUUGGGCAGCAUCUCUUGAAGAAGGAUCAAUGGGAGUGUAAAGUGUGUUUAGUUCCAAAUGAAGCAACUGCAAAGAAUUGUGUAUCGUGUCAAAGUCCAAAUCCAGAUACGUGGGAAAAACAUGACACCCCAUUAACUGAAUCUGCUGCAAGUUUCAAAGCCAGUGGCAACACUGUGCAGGACAAAUUUGGAUCUGCUUUUGCUAAAAAGGAAGGUCAAUGGGACUGCAGUGUCUGUUUAGUAAGAAACGAACCCACUGCCUCUAAGUGUGUUGCCUGUGAGAAUCCAAACAAAAAUAAUACAGCAGUAUCUAGUCAACAAACUUCCUUUAAAUUUGGCCAAGCAGUUGCUCCAAAGGCUAUUCCAAAUGACUUGGGAACUGCAUUUUCUAAAAAAGAAGGUCAGUGGGACUCCUCUGUAUGCCUAGUCCAAAAUGAACCGGAAGAUGUGAACUGUCAUUCUUGUCAGAAUCCUAACUUACAAAGUCAACCAAAUGUGCCUGUACCGACUGUUCAGGCAUCCCCUGCUCCCAGAUUUGGUUCCACUGCUGAUGCAAGUAAGCCACAGAAAAAUGGAUUUGAAGGGCUUUUCACUAAAAAGGAAGGGCAGUGGGAUUGUACUACUUGUCUUGUGAGGAAUGAAGGUUCUUCACUAGCCUGUGUAGCCUGCCAAGCACCAAAUCCAUUUGAUAACGCUGCUGGUGAUGCUUCAUCAACUCCUCCUUCUGGCUUGAAAAGUAAAUUAUCAGAAUCUCUUGGAGGGCAGUCGGGAACAGGCUUUAAGUGUGAUUUCUUAGAAAAGGGCUUUAAGUUUGGUCAUACUGAGCAAGGCAAGGCACCAUCAUUUACAUUUCAGAUUCCUUCUGAUACUGAAGCUAAGUCCGCAAAAGGAUUUAGCUUUUCAAUGCCAGUGCCUCCAGGCGGAUUUAAAUUUGGGAUACAGGAGUCUAAUAAAAAUACCACAAAGAAAGAUGAGCCAUCCAAAGAGUGUACAACUGGCUUCCUAAAAAGCACUGAUGAAAAAGACAAAAAGGACCUGCCUUCAGAUAGUGGAAUUACAUUCCAGUUUCAAGAAACAGCAACCAAGGAGAAAAGUGACUUUGUUUUUGGGCAAAAUAGCAGCACUUUUACUUUUGCGGAGCUUGCAAAAAGUACUCCCAGGGAAAGCUUUCAGUUUGGCAAAAAAGAUCCUAACUUCAAAGGCUUUUCAGGUGCAGGUGAAAAGCUGUUUUCUUCGCAGGUUUCUAAAAUGGAUCACAAAGCAAACACAUCUGCUGACCUUGGUGAGAAGGAUGAUGAUGUGUAUAAGACAGAGGACAGUGAUGAUAUACACUUUGAACCUAUAGUUCAGAUGCCUGAAAAAGUAGAACCAUUUACAGGAGAGGAAGAUGAGAAAGUGUUAUACUCCCAAAGAGUAAAGCUGUUCAGGUUUGAUCCAGAAACAAGCCAGUGGAAAGAACGUGGGGUAGGCAACCUGAAGAUUCUUAAAAAUGAAGUUAAUGGCAAAGUAAGAAUAUUAAUGCGGCGUGAGCAGGUACUGAAGGUGUGUGCGAAUCACUGGAUAACAACAACAAUGAACUUGAAACAGCUGUCUGGCUCAGAUAAAGCAUGGAUGUGGAUGGCCAAUGACUUCUCUGAUGGUGAUGCGAAGUUGGAACAUCUGGCAGCAAAAUUCAAGACACCAGAGCAGGCUCAGGAGUUCAAACAGAAGUUUGAAGAAUGUCAGAGGCUACUACUAGAUAUACCCCUGCAGACGCCUCAUAAACUUGUUGAUACAGGUAGGACAGCUCAACUUAUACAGAAAGCAGAAGAAAUGAAGUGUGGCUUAAAAGAUCUCAAAACAUUUCUGACAGAUGACAAAACUAAACUGUCAGAAGAGGAAAAUGUAAACUCUGUUUGUGCCAGCAGUACUUCUGAUCUGAUUAUAAAGCCACAUGCUGAAAGUACUGGGCCUACUCUGGAAUGGGAUAAUUAUGACUUGCGUGAAGAAGCAUUGGAUGAUAGUGUAAGUAGUUCUGUAUAUGCUUCACCUCUUGCAAGUAGCCCUGUAAGGAAAAAUCUGUUUAGAUUUGGAGAGUCUACCACAGGCUUUAGUUUCAGCUUUAAAUCUGCCUUGAGCCCAUCCAAAUCACCCGCAAAGCAGAACCAGAGUAGAACAUCAGUAGGCACAGAUGAAGAUUCUGAUGUUACUCAAGAAGAGGAGAGAGAUGGGCAGUACUUUGAACCUGUGGUACCUCUGCCUGACCUUGUGGAAGUGAGCAGUGGUGAGGAAAAUGAGCAAGUUAUCUUCAGCCAUAGAGCUAAGCUCUACAGAUAUGAUAAAGAUGCUAAUCAGUGGAAAGAGAGAGGUAUUGGGGAUAUCAAGAUAUUACAGAACUACGACAACAAACAAGUGCGUAUAGUAAUGAGAAGGGACCAGGUACUAAAACUCUGUGCCAAUCACAGAAUAACACCAGAUAUGAAUAUGCAACAAAUGAAAGGAUCCGAUAGGGCAUGGGUAUGGACCGCAUGUGACUUUGCAGAUGGGGAAAGGAAAGUAGAACUUCUAGCUGUGCGAUUCAAGCUGCAAAAUGUUGCAGAUUCAUUUAAGCAAAUUUUUGAUGAAGCCAAGCAUGCCCAAGAAAGAGACACACUGAUAACACCUCUUUCUUCUCGUGCUACUACACCAAAGGAAUCUCCGUGUGGUAAAAAUGCUGUAGCUGUACUAGAAGAAACUACCAGAGAAAGAACUGACCUCAGCCAUGGUGAUGAUACUUGUGAUGGAACUGUAGAGGUUGCAGAGGUGUCAAGCACUUCUGAAACACCAACAAAAACAGUUGUUUCUCCUCCGAAGUUUGUAUUUGGGUCUGAAUCUGUUAAGAGCAUUUUCAGUAAUGAAAAGUCAAAGACAUUCACGUUUGGAAAUACUUCAGCUACUGGUUCUCUCUUUGGCUUCAGCUUUAAUCCUCCAAGAAGGAGUGAAGACCAUAUUCCAGUGUCUCAGAACACAGCACAGAAAGAACUGGAAGUCUCUGCACCACCAAAAAGCUCUAGUGCUCCUCAGAAGCAUCUAGACAGCAAGGUAGACAACUUGCCUACUUCAAGACAAGAUGGACCCUCUAACUUCUCAUUUAGAGUUCUGGAUAAAGCUGAGAAGACAACAUCAGAAGAUGAUCUUCUAUCUGAUGAGGUUAUAAUAGUUUACGAGUUAACACCUACCCCUGAACAGAGAGCUCUCGCUGGCUUUCUCAAGCUACCUUCAACAUUCUUCUGUUACAAGAAUAAGCCUGGAUAUGUGAGCGACGAGGAUGAUGAUGAAGACUAUGAAACAGCUGUUAAGAAACUUAAUGGAAGACUGUAUCCCAGUGAUUCAGAAGAUAAAAAGAAGUUGGAAGGUCCUGUAAAAGGCAUCACAGGAAAAAGUGAAUUCGACAGUGAAAGAGAAUGUGUUACUGCUUGCGAAAAUAAUUCAGCUCCUGAGGAGAAGGCUAAAGCACAAACUCUGCAAGUCCCUUCUACAUCUGUCUGUGGUGUCAGCAGUGAUACUGAGAAUGACAGUCCAGAAGACAUUCAGAGAGAAGUUAAAAUUCAAGAAAUUAAAGAGAAUGAAGUUACAAGCUCAACUGACUUAGUCUGUACCAGUAAGGAAGAAGUCCCUACUCCAUCAGCUGGUGAGGUGACAGUAUUUGUCCAGUCACCUACCAACAAUGAAGAACCAGAUUCCACCACGGAAACUGUUAAUGUAUCACAGACUCUAUCAGGAGCUGAUGACAAACCUGUAGACUUGUCAACUAAGAAAAGUGAUUCAGAGUGUUCAGAGGCAACACAAGGAGACACAGUCAUCUCAUUUGGUUUCGGCAACACUGCAGGCUUGUCAUUUGCAGAUCUGGCUUCCAAAAACUCUGGAGAAUUUGCUUUUGGCUCAAAAGAUAAAAAUUUCAAAUGGGCGAAUACAGGAGCAGCUGUGUUUGGAGAGACAACCCGUAAAACAGAUGAAGAUGAAGGUGGUAGUGAUGAUGAGGUGGUACAUAGUGAUGACAUACACUUUGAGCCAAUUGUGUCCUUACCAGAGGUGGAGGUAAAAUCUGGAGAAGAAGAUGAAGAAAUCCUCUUCAAGGAGAGAGCAAAACUUUACAGAUGGGACAGAGAUGCUACUCAGUGGAAGGAGCGUGGUGUCGGGGAGAUAAAGAUCCUCUUCCAUACACAGAAGAAAUGCUAUAGAGUCCUAAUGAGAAGGGACCAAGUUCUUAAAGUCUGUGCAAACCAUGUCAUCACCAAAGAAAUGAACUUGGUGCCCUCUGAUACAUCAAGCAAUGCUUUAAUUUGGACAGCCACAGAUUAUGCUGAUGGUGAAGUAAAAGUAGAACAACUUGCAGUCAGAUUUAAAAGCCAAGAAAUGGCUAAUUCUUUCAAGAGGAAGUUUGAAGAAUGCCAGCAAAGCUUGUCAGAACUACAGAAGGGACACUUAUCUCUGGCAGCAGGACUGUCAAAGGAUACCAACCCUGUUGUGUAUUUUGAAGUUUCUGCUGAUGAUGAACCUUUAGGACACAUAACCAUGGAGCUGUUCUCAAAUAUAGUCCCUCGAACUGCUGAAAAUUUCAGGGCCCUGUGCACAGGAGAGAAAGGGUUUGGAUUCAAGAACUCUAGCUUUCACAGAAUAGUCACUGACUUUGUGUGUCAGGGAGGUGAUAUAACUAACCAUGAUGGUACAGGUGGACGGUCAAUUUAUGGAGCAGCAUUUGAAGAUGAGAAUUUUGAAGUGAAACACAGUGGUCCUGGAUUGUUGUCAAUGGCAAAUAAGGGCAGGGAUACGAAUAAUUCUCAGUUCUUCAUAACACUCAAAAAAGCAGAACACUUGGACUUCAAGCAUGUGGUAUUUGGAUUUGUGAAAGAUGGAAUGGACAUUGUGAAAAAGAUUGAAUCCUUUGGUUCUCCUAAAGGGCUAGUAAAUGGAAGAGUUGUCAUUACAGACUGUGGGCAGAUAUAGAAUUAUUGCUUUGAGUAUACAGAUGUUCUAGCAGUAUAAAUCAGUAUUUAGAUGUUAUUGACUAAUUAUUUCAUCUUCUUAAAAUGGACACUUCUGAUGUAUAAAUGUAAAAUUACAGCUUAUAGUUGGUUUUUUAUGUGCUCUAAUUGAUUUUUUUUGCAUGUUAAAAGUUCAGACACUGGCAUAUUUCAGGUGUAUUUGUGUUAUCCUGACAUAUUUGUAUUAAAUGUCAAAUUUUAAAAAUUAAAUCUUAGUCUUGUUAAAAUAAA